CUGCUGCUGACGCACAUCCGGGCCCGGUAUCCGCGGAGACGAGCUCGGCCUGAGGGGCCGCCGCCAUGGGGGGAGGCGACCUGAACCUGAAGAAGAGCUGGCACCCGCAGACCCUGCGCAAUGUGGAGAAGGUCUGGAAAGCAGAGCAGAAGCAUGAGGCCGAGAGGAAGAAGAUCGAGGAGCUGCAGCGGGAGCUGCAGGAGGAGCGGGCCCGGGAGGAGAUGCAGCGAUACGCUGAGGACAUGGGCACCGUGAGGAAAAAAGAAGAGAAGCUGGAGUGGAUGUACCAGGGCCCUGGCGGCAUGGUGAACAGAGAGGAGUACCUCAUGGGUCGCCCUGUGGACAAGUACAUCUUUGAGAAGAUGGAAGACAAGGAUGCAGGCUGCUCCAGUGAGACAGGACUUCUCCCUGGCUCCAUUUUCGCCAAGUCAGGUGCCAAUUCUGUCCUGGAUAUGGCAAACAAGAUCCGGGAGGAUCCGCUGUUCAUGAUCAGGAAGAAGGAGGAGGAGAAGAAGAGAGAAGUGUUAAAUAAUCCUGUGAAAAUGAAGAAGAUAAAGGCACUGCUGCAAAGCAGUUUAGAUAAAAAGGAGAAAAAGAAGAAGAAAGAGAAGAAGAAGAAGCACAAGAAACAUCGACAUCGCAGCUCCAGCAGUGGAAGUGACAGCAGUGAGGAGGAGCGAAGCAAAACCAAGUCUCAGAAGAGGAUGAACAGUUCCUCCUGGAAACCUGCUCCUCCCAGAGUCCCAGGAUACGGCUUACAAGCUAGAGACUCUGAGCAGAGCCACAGGUCUCGGAGCUCUCCAAUUGCCACCCAAGAGAGGGGAUCCCACAGGCACCGGGAUCACUCCAGGUCCAGGAGUCGGUCCCGCUCGAGCAAGAAGAGUUCAGAGCAGUCUGGAUGCAAGAGCUCAAGAUCUCCUCUUAGACACAAACAGCACAGCAAUCGGGAGGAGAAAGGGAGAGCCAGAAGCCCUUCCCCUAAAAAGAGCUACCGACGACAGCAGACUCAGGGUUACACAAGAAAGAUCUCUCCGGAGGAGCUAGAGCGUAAACGCCAAGAAAUGAUGGAAAAUGCCAAGUGGCGAGAAGAGGAGAGAGCAACUAACCUCAGGAAGCACCAAAAGGAGGAGGAGCAGGAACGGGAGCUGGAGAAGCUCGACUCCAGAGAUGGGAAGUUCUUCAAUCGCUUAAAACUGGAGAGUGCAUCCACUUCCAGCCUGGAAGAUCGGGUGAAGCGCAAUAUCCACUCCCUCCAGAGGACUCCUGCUGCCUUGGAAAGGAACUUUAUGCAGAGAUGAAACAACUUCUCCCUCUGCCACUGAGCAGAAUUGAAACGGACACUUACUCACAAAGGUGAGAGGCCUCCAGCACAGAUCCCUGCUCUAUACAGCAACACUUCCCAUGUCCCCAGGAGGUGCUGGAUGCUGCGUGCUCAGGACAUUGUGAACAUGUCUGUAAUGCAGGAAAACCUCUGCCGGAGAACUCGUGAGCUUUUGUAUCCCGUUUUUAACCUAUGGCCACGUCUUUUCCUUGACCAGGAUGACUUUUGUAUAUUGUUAAUACCAAAUCCUGCCGGGUGAUGACUGCUUGGGGCAGAUGGUCCAAGCUCUUCACCUGACGGAGCGAAAGCCCUGUUUUUGUUAGUCCUUAAACCCCAAACUGGUACCAAUUCACAUGUCAGUUAAUUUGAUGGAAUGUGAUGAAGCUAGGUGAGUAACGGACAAAAUCCCAUUCAGUCCUGAGGCUGUGUGGGGUGUGGGUUUGGAAUGUGCCAUCUCCAAAAGCCCUGUGGCCAUUGUUUGGUUGCUUGUGGAUUUGAAUGAUGUUUGAUCCAAAAGGAGUCAUUGCUCCGGAGCGCAAGGCAAGGAGCAGGGCUGGCACACAGGCGGUUCUCUGGGAUGUUGUAAGUAGUGUGUAUAUGUACAGAGCUGUACAUCUGCUUUUUCCUUUUUGGAAACGUAAGAAACUUCCCUCUCCCAUUUAAA